ACUCAAAAACUACAUUUCCCCAAAAUGUCGACUCUGCAGCGAGCCGUUACCGGAUAACUCGGGUUUUGGCAAUAUUGCAACUGUGGAGCAGCUUACAAACAGCUGUGUAGUCGCUGCGCACAAAACACAGCCUUGGUUGUUGCUGACAAACAUGUCAGAAACAUCAAGUGACACUGAGUCCUCCUGUGGCUGGACCAUUAUCAGUAAUGAGGGCUCGGAUAUAGAGACACUGGGAUCGGAGGCUGCGGGCGAAUAUGGAACUGAGCUGGUGGAGCGCCGCACUUUGGAAGAACCACAGCUGCUGGAGUCACAGGUCUCUGUAUCUGCUGCUCUAUGUGUUGAAGAAAAAGCUGCGGAUUCUCUAGAUGUCACACUGGGAGAACAGGCUGUAGAUGAGACACUGUGCUGUCCUGAGGCUAGAGACGGUUCUGCAGUCAGAGAGCAAGUCUUCUCCUCCAGUGAUCACUCUGACAUUGUGACUCUGAGGGACCUGAAGGAGGACGAGCAUGCAGAGGAGGAGGAACUGGAAGAGGCAGGCAGCACUGAGGAGAAUUACCUCGGUACCUCCAGCAGCAGUCAUUACACCUUCACUGCUGCAGAAACGGGUUUGUUGUUGAGUCGCUGGAAACUUCAACAAACUCUGGUGAACUUGAGUCACCGCCUGAGGAGUCGCCUCCCUGCUUUCCCAGCGCAGCAACCACUGGUGACAAACUCAAGCAGCAGCGACGACGAGGUCGGACGAAGCUCCACUCCGGUCAUACGAAGACGAAGGGUUAGGAAAAAUACCACGAGCGUCGUGACUGAUCCAGAGGAGGACGAGGAGGUGCUGCCAGAGUCGUGGUCCAGUGAAGAAGAGCAGCAACCUGGUUGGGCGGAGGGGAGACCAAACGCUGCUAACGAGGACAGAGAGCAAAGCCGAGGCGGGAACGUCUUCAACAGAUGCAUCCUGCUUGCCCUCAUCAUCGCCGUCAGCAUGGGCUUUGGACACUUCUAUGGCACGGUCCAGAUUCAGGAAAGACAAAAAACUGUGGAGAAAACCAGAGGGAUUGAACACCCGGAUGUGAGGGGUCUACUUGAGCAACGUAUCAGAGAUGAGCAUUUAACAAAGCAGAGGAGCGACUUUGGGCCAGAUGACCUCGAUGAGCAGCAGGUUAUUAAUUUGCUCUCGGGAGUGAUUAAAAAAGCAAAGGAAGAAAACCAGGAGCUCAAAGCAAAACAAGUUCACAUCCAGGCUCAGAGAGAUAACCUGGAGCAGAUGCUGAAACAGACCGAGGAGAGGAUUGAAAUCGUGUCUCUGCAGCAGAGUCUCUCAGAUGAAAACAUCCAGCUGAGAAGCUCCAUGGCACGCGAGGAAAAGUCUCUGUCCGUCCUGCAGGACGAGUUGAGAAACCUGCGCUCCCAAAUCAGAGAUCUGGAGGCGAGGGGAGCAGGAGCCGAUUCUCUGCUGUCUGAAAACCAGAGGCUGAAAGAGCAGCUGGAGGAGGAGCAGCAGACCAUCAGAAACUUCCACCUUCAGAGGGAAGACAUGACGGCUGAAGCUCACAUGCUGAGGAAGAAGCUGGAAAGAGAGAGGAAGGUCACGGAGGAACUGAGGAGCGAGCUGACCGCUCUGAGGAGUCACGUCUCUGAUUCUGACAGGCAGAGUGGUUCAGAAGCAGGAGAUUUGGAGAAACGUCUGCUGGAUCUGGAGAAGAGGCUGAGCUACGAGCAGCAGCGCUCCGACCUGUGGGAAAGGCUGUACGUGGAAACCAAGGAGGAAAAGGUCAAAGGAGACCGAGAAUCCACAGUGAGGAGAGCUAAACAAGGAGUGGCCAGGAAAAUGAAGGAGACGUUCGAUGCUGUGAAAAACUCCACCAAGGAGUUUGUCCACCACCAUAAGGAGCAGAUUAAGAAAGCCAAGGAGGCCGUGAAGGAAAACCUGAGGAAGUUCUCUGACUCCGUCAAAUCAACUUUCAGACACUUUAAAGAUUCGGCCUCGACGUUCAUCAACAAAGCCCAGGGAUUUUACAGCAAGAAAUGUGACAGAGCAAACACAGAGGAGUGCUGGCAGCACAGAGCGAAGGAACCCAGACGCACACCCGACUCCUUCCAGAACCACCACAACACACGGAAAUCAGCCGGGAAGGUCCUCCAGGACGAGGAUGAGAGUAGCCACAAGAGCAACAUGAAGGGAUGCACCGGCGUCUUCGACUGCGCCUACCUGGAGUCCAUGAACCUCUUCAACAAAGCCACAGAGCCAAUCAGAGCCGAAGAGUUCGACCUCCUGCUGCAGAGCUACCUGCAGCAGGAGGUCGACCACUUCUACCACUGGAACGAACUCAGGACGUUCAUCAACGGCUUCUUUCAAAACGGACUCUUCAUCCACGACCGCAUGCUCUUCACAGACUUCGUAGGCAGAGUGGAGAGCUACCUGAGCGACAUGCAUGAAUACCACAGCCUGGACGGCGACGUGUUCGGAGACCUCGACGACUACAUCUACAGGCACUUCUUCGGAGAAGGCUACGCCAGGAGCUACGGUCCGCGGGGGCCGUUUCAGAGACCUGAAGACCCAAAGGAAGAGUGGAGGGCGAAGCACCAGCAGAGGAAGCAACCGAGGGGCAAAUCUCGUCCUCACUGCGGUCGCAGGUGGAGCCGAUCAGGAAGAAAUGCAGACAGGCACAUGGCUGAUGUCAAAAUCGAACUGGGCCCAAUGCCCUUUGACCCCAAAUACUGAAAAUAAUUCAUAAGGGUUUCCCUUAAAUUGUGAGUUUUAUUUUUGACGCACAUUCUCUAUUUGUAUUUUUUUUGUAAGUUUGCACAAUCCUUGUCGAGCUGCUGAAUAUUGUUCUGUGUUUAACAAUAUAAAGGUUUCACUUUCCUUAUGAAUCCUGCUAAAUUAACAUACAUACUUCACAAAAAAUGAAACAAAGUACCAUGUAAAAGGAAAGUUUUACAUAACUUAUAAUCAUAUACCAGGUCAAACUCAAUCCUAGAGGUGUUUAGUUUGUAGACAGUUAGUGUUUUGGUUAAGAUCAGCUUUCAGAGUUCAGACGUUGUUUUCUAACAUUCCACCUCAGCCUCGUUUUAACUGGACCCGCUUGUUUUAUUUCAGCUUUAAAUGCUUCUCUGUGAUAAGACUGGAAAACAACUAAUUCACUAUGGUUGGAAAUGAGAUUUUAAAACGGAAACAUUGGAGUUUAAAAUAUUUAUUGCAGUAGAAAAUUGUUACAUUUUCCUUGGUGUUUCUGCUGGGGGUUCUUUCAGUGCCUUUCAUAAAUAAAGAUGCUUCCUCCAA